CAAUGAGAGCCGGCGAAGCGGUUUCUUUGGCUGUGAUUUGGACUCGGUGAGCACGUUGUCACGUUAUCGACGCUCGAAAUCUUACCGUGACACGUGCAGACACCGAAUUUUCCGAACGUUUUUUAAUCUUCGCCGACAAAAUUAACUUGUCACAAGGGGUGUCAAUGCGCGCGUAAACAGGGUUAAGUGAGUUGUCAUACGUUUAUCUUCGCGUGUAAUUAUGACCCGCUAAUUUUUAAUUUUAUGACUGAUGCAAUUCCGUCUAUUGUUGUGCGUCUCGAUGACACGUGCGUUUUUCUUUCGCUCUUGCUGAUGAGAAAUGUCAAAGCGUCGACGUUGCCGGACUCCCUCGGUUUGACAGUCUUCCCUUUUAAUAUAAUACAAAACAUUUCAGCAGAAGUUUGGUUAGAGAAGUGUACAUGUGCGUAUUGUAAAAAUGAAUAAAGCAAGUGGCACGCAACCGAACGUCGACCUGGACGAUCCGAGGUAUCGUAUCAAACCGUAUCAACAAAUCAUAGCUUCUUGCACCGGUGCGUUCAUCACAUCGGUGUUCGUUACUCCUCUCGAUGUGGUAAAAAUCCGCAUUCAAACCCAGCAGAAGGCAAUGCUCUCCAACAAGUGUUUUCUGUACUGCAACGGUCUGAUGGAUCACUUGUGUCCUUGUAACGGCAAAAUGCCCGAGUGGAUGAGAAGAAACGGAAAAUUCAAUGGCACAGUGGACGCUUUAAUAAAAAUCAGUAAAACAGAGGGUGUGACGUCGCUGUGGAGUGGUCUGAGUCCCACUCUUGUUCUUGCUAUACCUGCUACUGUUGUAUAUUUUGUUUCUUACGAACAGUUGAGAUUAUACUUUAAGGACACAUACAAUAAAAGGUAUAAGAAAAAAAGUACCAAUAUGGAACAACCAUUUUGGAUUCCCAUAUUGGCUGGUGGUAUAGCACGGGUCUGGGCUGCUACACUGGUCAGCCCUGUAGAGUUGAUAAGAACGAAAAUGCAAUCGCAGAAGUUAAAUUACGCAGAAAUCACACAGGCGCUAAAAACGGUUAUAAAAUACAACGGUAUUCCUGGAUUGUGGAUGGGAUUGAGCUCAACGCUUCUUCGCGAUGUUCCUUUCAGCGCCAUAUAUUGGCUGAAUUACGAAACUAUAAAGAGUUUCACCUCGCAGCAUACUUUCGCUUUUAAUUUGGCGGCAGGAGCUACAGCCGGAUCUAUAGCAGCGUUUGUUACUAUACCAUUUGACGUAGUGAAAACGCAUCGGCAAAUCGAGAUGGGAGAAAAGGAAAUUUAUUCAGAAAAACCUAUUCGCAGCAGCAGCACGUGGAGAACGUUACAGAGAAUCUAUUACCAGAACGGGGUGAAGGGUUUGUUCUCGGGAUUGAUACCGCGUUUGAUAAAAGUGGCACCGGCCUGCGCGAUAAUGAUUUCGACCUUCGAACACGGCAAGCGAUUUUUCUACUCGUACAACGCCAAAAGAGCAGUCGACUUCGAGGUCGACAGGGACGUACAUUUGCUGCAGCACAAAUCCAAGAGUACAAAAUGACACAACUGCAAAUUAUCGCAAAUUGUACAGACCUGCAAUAAAGUUACGUUUG